CGGAGUACCAACAAUCUCCUCGCUCGUAUUGUCAUUGCCAAGAUCGAAGACGAAGACCGGCUGGUCGAACUUAUUCGGAACACACCCGUUGUCCAAAACGACCCUAACUGGCGUUGCCGAACAUGGGUCGCCCAAGCUUUGUCCCGGAUAGCUCAAGACGGCAUGGCUACUGGGACCGCGGAACUGGAUUGGAAAAAGAUCGAGGCGGUUGCUCGCGAAUAUGUCGCGAGUAAAACCGCAGCUGGAAGAUAUCUCAAUGCUGCGGACAUGGCGUUGCCGAAGCCGACAUAUGAUAUGCUCCAAGGGAAGGAGGUGGUACCUUAG